CACAGAAAGAUAUCAAACCAUCGAGAAAGAGAUAGGAAUUGCACUGGCUGCACGCUGCAAGGCGCCUUGGGUACCACUCCUGGCGUGCGGAUGCAUUACGAGGCACCGCCAAGUGCAUGCUUGCUGAGUCACCUCUCCGGCAGCCGGAGCAUGACUCAGCACCAGAGCGGGCCGACGUCUGCGACGGAGAGAGUCCGGAUCAACGUGGAAGAGGCGUUUUUCGCCGUGGACAAGGCUCUGCUGGUGGAGCACAGCGACUACUUCUGCGCCCUCUUCCGCUCUGGCAUGAGGGAAAGCACGCAGGACGAAAUCCAGCUCCAGGACCUGAGUGCCAAGGGGUUCUUCAUCAUGCUCCAAGUCCUGGCUGGGGAGAGACCCAUGCUGAGCUGCGAGGAGAACUUCAAGGCGGUCGAAUGCGCGGCUUUUCUGCACGUGAAGCCGCUGGCCAAGUACCUGAUCAAUUCGAUCAACUCCGACAACUGCAUCAUCCUGUACCAAGCUGCCGCCAUUUUUGGCUUGCUGGACCUUUUCCACAGCGCCGCCCUGUAUAUCCGGGACAGCUACUCUGAGCUAGAGCAGUACUUGGACUGUCUUUCCCCCGACCUGCUGGACUACAUCGACUCUCUCGUGCCCAGCACGUUUGUCGCGGUGGGGGCACAUACGCCCACCUUUGAGUUCCUAGAGGACCUUUCGAGGACCAUUUGCUACCUGGACGAGGAGAACAACACGUGGAAGACGCUCUCCUGCUUACCGCUGGCGGCCAGCACGUUCCUAGCCGGCAUGGCGACAUUGGAGAACAAGAUCUAUAUCGUGGGGGGCGUCUACGGGGCUAGCAAGCAAGUCGUAGACAGCAGCUUUUGCUACGACGCCGACACGAACAGCUGGAGCAAGUUCCCCAGCCCUAAGCAGCCCCGGUACGACGCCACGCUGACGGGCCACGAAGGUUGCCUGUACGCCAUCGGAGGAGAGUACGAGAAGGUCUCGCUCAAAUCCGUGGAGAAAUACGACGUGUCCUCCAACACCUGGACUCUCCUCUCCGACCUGCCCCAGCCCACAGCCGGGGCCCCCUGCGCCCAGGCGAUGGGGAGGAUAUUUGUUUGCUUGUGGAAACCACUGGACACCACUAUCAUCUACGAGUACGAGACCCAGAAGGACGAGUGGCUUCCCAUCGCGGACUUGAAGAGGCCUCAGAGCUACGGUCACUGCAUGGUGGCCCACCGAGACAACCUCUACAUCAUGAGGAACGGGCCCUCGGACGACUUCUUGCGGUGCGUGAUAGACUGCUUCAACCUCACCACCCGGCAGUGGGUGGCCUUACCCGGGCAGUUCGUCAACAGCAAGGGAGCGCUCUUCACGGCCGUGAUCAGAGGGGACACCGUGUACACCGUCAACAGGAUGCUCACCCUCCUCUACUCCAUCGAAGAGGGCAGCUGGCGGUUCAAGAAGGAGAAGGCCGGGUUCCCGAGGACUGGUUCCCUGCAGACCUUUCUGCUCAGGCUACCGAGGAGAGACCAUAGUGUUGCCACCUAGUCGCCGCCAUGCAGGGCACUCCGGCAUACGAGGGAGCUGAAUUAAAUGACAUCCCCUUCUGGGUCCUCAUCUCUGCCUUGCUUUUGAGCAGCUGCUGCUCCGGGGAGUCUCAGGUGCAAGGCUACAAGGACUCUGCUCUCACCUGCUGCGUUUGCCCUUCCAAGUAGCCGGAGCCAGGGCGAGGGGUGCAAUUCAGCUGCCUUGCCGGUGGUUGCCCUCUGCUCGCGGUUGCGGUGGAUCAAGACCUCUGUUCCAUGCAAAGCCCCCGGCGCUGUCUUCCGGACACGGGGCUGGGAGAGUCGUUGGAGACCUGCAAAGGAAAGACACUUUAGAAAUGCAAAGUAAUACCAGCUCUCAUGUGUUUUGACUGAAUUCUGGAAACGUGCAUCAAACCACCGACCUAGCUUUGGGUGGGGGGAGCCGUCAGUGUAUCUUUGGAUUACGAGGAAAAGAGUUUUCAAUACAAAAAUCUUAAGCGUGUGUUAACGAUGGUUUCUUCUUUCAAGGACACUAAACAGAGUGCCUGUCACACUGCACAGGCAUCAGG